GAGGUUUGAGACACUGUUGAAGUUCUCUGGGGUUUUGAGACACUCAGAUUUUGAAACAGUAGCAGCCUCUUGGAGUUGAGAGACAGUGAAGUUCCCAAAACCGCAUAAAUCAAUCUUGUUUCAUCUGUUUCUCCUGGACUGAGCUUUCAUCCAGGAGAUGACACCAAGUUUACCAUUUUCUAAUUCAUAUGUCUAAAACCCUUCUCUCCCGCAUUAGACCCCUCCACAACCCAAAACCAAAACCCCCUUCUUCUUCUUCCAACUUCCCGUUAACACGCCGUAUCAAAGAACUCGUUAACGAGGUCUGUCAAAUCCUCCAAACCCAACAACAAUGGGAAAACGCUGUCGAAAUCCGUCUUUCACAGGAAGAAAUUGUCCCUUCCGACAUUGCACACCUUGUGUUCGACAAACUUAAGGAUGCUCAUGUGGGUCUCAAGUUCUUUGAUUGGGUCUCUCAAAGACCCUAUGGUUGUCCCCUUGAUCGUUUUGCUUGUUCUUCUCUUUUGAAACUCUUGUCUAAGUUUAGAGUUUUCCCUGAAAUUGAAAGUUUGUUGUCCAGCUUGACUACUUGUGAAGAUAAGUUUCCUACUCUUGAAGCGUUGGAUGCUGUAAUUAAAGCUUAUUCUGAUUCUAAUUUGGUUGAUAAAGCUGUUGAAUUGUAUUAUUUUGUAUUGAGAACGUAUGAUUUGGUUCCACAUGUAGUUACUGUGAAUUCUUUACUUCAUGGUCUUGUAAAACAUGGUAAGAUUAAAGCUGCUAGAAGACUUUAUGAUGAACUCGUUGAGAGAAGUAGCAGUGUUGAGGAUACAUUUUUGGAUAAUUUUAGCACUUGUAUUAUUGUGACAGGGUUGAGUAAAGAGGGGUAUGUUGAAGAAGGCAGGAAAUUGAUUGAGGAUAGGUGGGGUAAAGGUUGUGUACCAAAUGUUGUUUUUUACAAUAUAUUGAUUGAUGGCUACUGCAAGAAGGGUGACAUUAGAAGUGCGUACAGACUUUUCAAUGAGUUGAAAUUGAAGAGCUUUUUAACCACAGUGGAGACUUAUGGGGCACUGAUAAAUGGGUUUUGUAAAGAUGGGAAUUUUGAGAAAGUUGAUAUGCUUGUGCAGGAGAUGGUUGAGAGGGGUGUGAUUGUCAAUGCCCGAGUGUAUAACACUAUCAUUGAUGCUAGGUGUAGGCAUGGUUUUACUAUGGAAGCAAUAGACACUGUAAAGAAAAUGGUUGAAGCUGGCACUAAGCCAGAUAUCGUGACAUAUAACAUAUUGGUCUCUUAUUCAUGCAAGGAUGAGAAAAUUCAGGAAGCUGAAAAGUUUCUAGAGCAGGUUAAGAAUAUGAGGUUGGUGCCGACCAAGUUUACUUAUACUCCUCUGAUACAUGCCUACUGCAAAUUUGGUGAUUUUGAAAGGGCAUUAAGUUUGCUUGCUGAGAUGACAGAGUAUGGUGAAAAGCCUGAUGUGUCAACUUACGGAGCACUUGUCCAUGGAUUGGUGGUCUCUGGUGAAGUUGAUGUUGCAUUAGUCAUUCGAGACACGAUGAUUGAAAGGGGAGUAUCACCUGAUGCUGGAAUAUAUAAUGUUUUGAUGAGUGGGCUCUGCAAAAAAUUGAAGCUUCCCGCUGCCAGGCAUCUCCUUGAUGAGAUGCUUGGCCAUGGUAUAUUACCUGAUGUUUAUGUUUAUGCCACUUUAGUCGAUGGAUGUGUAAGAAAUGGGGAAUUUCAGGAAGCGAAGAAGCUCUUUGAGCAGACAAUUGAGAUGGGUAUGGAUCCUGGGCUUGUGGGGUACAAUGCCAUGAUCAAAGGAUACUGUAAGUUUGGAUUGAUGAAAGAUGCAGUUGCUUGCAUCAGUAGAAUGAAAAAGUCAAAAAUUUCUCCAGAUGCCUUUACUUAUUCAACUGUAAUUGAUGGGUAUGUAAAGCAACAUGAUUUGCGCCAAGCAUUAACGAUACUCCCUCACAUGGUAAAGCGCAAUUGUAUGCCAAAUGUGGUAACAUACACCUCUCUAAUUUAUGGCUUUUGUCAGAAUGGAGAUCUUGUGAGAGCUGAAAAUUUGUUCAAUGGAAUGCAAUCAAAUGGUAUGAUGCCUAAUGUGAUAACUUAUAGUAUACUAAUUGGUAGCUUUUGUAAAGUGGGAAAACUUGCAAAAGCAGCUUCUAUUUUUGAACAAAUGCUCAUGCACAAGUGCUAUCCAACUGAUGUCACAUUCAAUUAUUUGGUCAAUGGCUUUUCCCAUUGCACAUCUACUAUUUUCUCAAAAGAGAAAAAUGAUCCUCAGGAUGAGAUGAACUCUAAGUUUAUGGCAACUUUUAAAAGAAUGAUAUCAGAUGGUUGGCACCCGAGAAAUGCUGCAUACAACUCCAUUAUCACCAGCCUCUGUUUGCAUAAAAUGCUCAAAACUGCAUUGCAACUACGUGACAAGAUGAUUAGUAAAGGCUACUCUACAGAUUCAGUUACCUUUGCUGCCUUAUUGCAUGGAAUUUGCUUGGAUGGAAAAGCCAAAGAAUGGAAAAGUAUUAUUUCCUGCAGCUUAAGUGCGACAGAACUGUCUUUCGCUUUAAAGUAUUCUUUGAUAUUUGACCAGUACAUGAGUCAUGGAUUCGACUCUGAGGCUUCAGUGAUUUUGCAUACCUUGGGUAAAGACAAUGUCUCAUAAUCAAGAUGAAACUGAUGUUAAGUUUUUGGUAAGCUUGGACUGGCAGAAGACUGAAGGUCUGCGUAAUUGCUGUUUUAUCGAGAGAGUAUAUGUAUUAUAGGAGUAGGCUGGAUCUUCUAUAAGAUGGAUGGAGCUCUCUGAUUGUUGCUUUAUCUGAUCUUCUGUGCAGAUUGAUGGUUUU